GGGACGGAGCUGGAGGAGCCCAAGCCCGGCCCGGUUGCCUCCGCCUGGCCUGGCCCCGGCGGUGGCUGCGGUGGAGAUGGACGGGGCCGGCUGGGCACCUCCGCAGCUGGAGGAUUUCUUGCUCACCGAGCGGUUGGGCAGCGGCACCUACGCCACCGUCUUCAAAGCCUACAGGAAGAAGAACACCCGAGAAGUGGUAGCCAUCAAAUGCGUGAGUAAGAAAAAUUUGAACAAAGCAUCUGUCGAAAACCUGCUGACCGAAAUAGAGAUCCUGAAGAAUGUCCGGCACCCUCAUAUUGUGGAGUUAAAGGACUUCCAGUGGGACAAGGAAUACAUCUACUUAAUCAUGGAAUAUUGUGCUGGAGGUGAUCUGUCCCGUUUUAUUCGUAGCCGGAGGAUUCUUCCAGAAAAGGUGGCUUGUAUAUUUCUACAACAACUGGCUUGUGCCUUGAAGUUCCUUCACGAUAAGAAUAUCUCCCAUCUGGACCUCAAACCCCAGAAUAUUCUACUGAGUUCCUUGGAAAAACCUCAUCUCAAGCUGGCAGAUUUUGGGUUUGCACAGCACAUGUCCCCCAGGGACGAGAAGCAUGUGCUGAGAGGUUCUCCACUUUACAUGGCGCCAGAGAUGGUGUGCAGUCGGCAAUACGAUGCUCGGGUAGAUUUGUGGUCGGUUGGCGUGAUUCUCUAUGAGGCUCUCUUUGGCCGGCCUCCUUUCGCCUCCAAAUCGUUCACUGAGCUGGAGGAGAAGAUCCGGAGCAGCCAACCUGUUGAGCUUCCCAGCCGCCCCCGACUCUCCCCGGAAUGCCGGGAUCUCCUGCAGCGGCUUCUGCAAAGAGACCCCCAGCAGCGUAUCUCCUUCCAGGCGUUCUUCGCGCACCCCUUUGUGGACAUGGAGCACAUGCCCAGCUCGGAAAGUUUGGGGAAAGCCGUGA